AUGGACGUGGCAAAGUUGCGUGAAGACCUAAUCCAAUGUUGGCUGGCAAAGGCUUUGGUGCAAGUGCUGGAACGGGCUUCCAAAGAAAAAUAUGUCUUGGUCUCAAUGGGCAAUGGGGUGAUCGCUGAGCAAGGAGCUAUACUGUCAGAGCUGGUGAAGGGAUUUUUGCGUCGAGAUGAGACCUUGACGAAAACCAUUCCAGUCAGUGCUGGUGGCCACGCGCACGUCAAGAAUUUAGAGGAGUUACAGCAAUGGACUUUAUUGCUAGGUGAAAGGACAGGAAGUUUAGAUGGAGUGUUGUUCGUGAUUUACGCACCAUGCGAGGACGUAGUUGCAGCAGAAAAGCAGGUCCGUGGUAUUAUAGACGCCACGUCGACACUUGAGAAGUCAUGGAGGGAGAGUGUGCUGCUUGUGCUGCACAACCCGACUAUAUUGGUCGGUCUGGAAGCGAGGACGAGAGCAAUGAACAGCUCUUCGAUGUAUCAUUUGAAUCAUCUUGGUGCAACAGAGACGUCAAGACGGAAAACGUGUGAUUGGCGAAGGAGUUUCAAGUUCAUCACGCAGCCUUUGGACUACCUGCGCGAUCAAUGCGGAUGGCACUUUGUGAUGGAGAUCGUCCGGUGGGUUGCAAAUUCAACUGGGUAUGCAAUCAAUGAGGAGAAGACUUUCGGAGCAGCUCGUGCAAUCAUGUUUUCGAGCAUCAAUCAGUUACCAUUCCAGCUCCUAUUGCUUGUAUUAAGAUGGAGCCAUUUCCACCCACAGCUUCUUCGGGCAUGUGCUACUAAACUUCAAAGACAAACGCAACUCAUUCCACAAGCGCGAGUACGGCGGGAACUAGCAGCGAUGCAGAGGCGUGAAGUGAAACUCUGGAAUAGUUUGUAUCCGCUGACAGAAGCGAUGGAGGAGACAACAAACUGGAAAGAGGAAUUGUCAUCGUCUCUACUAGCCUUGAAUACAUCAUCUCGGUCCCAAGCAAAUUCACUUAAACUCGCUCGACUGUCCAAGUGUUGUCUUUGGGAUACACAGAAGCAGUUUUACAAGAAUCAAGGCAUUCGUGCCUGGACUUCUGGCACAAUUCCAUUUGGUGUGUCUAGCAGCUCGUUCCUCGCAGCGUCUUACGCACGCAUCACUAUUGACUUCUUACUGAGCAAUGCUGACACUGUUGAACCUCCCAUGGAUGAGAACUAUUCCCCAAACUGCUUCGUGUGGGAAGCAGCCAGCGGAUCGUGCAAAUUUUUGCAUUCAUUCAUGCUGCACUUCACAGAGCUCAUAAAGGCAAAUGAUGAAGUCAAAAUCCGAGGGCUGAUGCCACUGGUCGUCGCGACAGAUCUGAGUGACCAUGUACUAAACUCACGUCUUCAAAUGCCGUGCUUUCGUCCGUUCAUCGAACGCGGGCAAUUGGACUUUGCCCUUUUCGACACACACGAGUUCGUUCACGGGAAUGCUACCAUUUCCGGAACGCAAAAAACACUUGAGCUGCUGCAUUCUAGACGGCGAUGGCAUGUCGGGAAUGAUGGCCCUGUUGUACUGAUGGGUAACUACUUUUUGGACUCACUGCGUGCUGACAUUUUUACAGUGGCCGCCACCCAUCAGGACCAUUUACCAGCGACGAAUGCAAAUGAAGUACAUGCCCGCGACGAUGGACCCAAUGGGCGCGUAGUAAUGCAGGUUGCCAUGCUUGAUCAAACCACAUCAAAUAUUGCCGAAAUCGACAUAAGCCUUUGUUCGAUUGCAGACUUAAAAACUCAAGCCGUUUACGAGGAUGACCGACUGAACGCGACACUUGUGCGAGUACUAGACCAAUUCCAAUCUCGGUGUAAUAUUUCAGUUCCAGCAUCCGUGUCAUCGACCGGAUUAAUUAUUUUUCCUGUUGAGGCGUUUGAGUUCUUCUUGGCACUCUUGGAUAGAGAUAGCGUGACAAAAGCAUUCCCUAUUGCUAUUCUGGCAGGUGAUGCUCGAUUUUCCUUCCGAAAUGCUAUCUCUAGCGCGUUUAUCACCACCACUAGUGUCAAGAGCCGAACCGAAGAAGGAUUCACGGACAAAGUAACUCUAGAGCUACCGCAAUUAUCCCCUCACCCAGACUGCUUCUGCCUUCCUGUGGACUUCGAGAUUUUCGAAAUGUUCUUUGAUCAACUCAAUCGCAGUACUGCAGAAAUUUCUACAAGCACGGAGCUGAUUUCCUCUCCAAUAAAUGAUACCUUUGAUGUGUUUUUCGCAGCUGUUGAACCGCAAAUGCAGGAAUCUGCUGUGGCUCGUGGUAGAGCUACUUCGACCUCUUUUAUCACGAAAGCGCAACACACCAGCUUCAAGCAUCAGUUUGCGAGCUGUACACCUGGAGACUGCGACAUGCUGUGGGGUAUGAUGAGCUUGGACGACGGUGCGCGCUGCUUUUCAGCGGAUACACUUCUUGCUAUCUUGGCACAAACUGGUUGGGACUUCGACUUGUUUGAAGUGCUGCGUUGGGAAUUGCUGGGUCGGUUGAGGCGACAAACAACCACCACCAAGUCAAAGCACUAUCAAAACAUCCUGGCCGAAGCAGGAAUCAAAUCUUGGCAGACGUUUUACAACAUGGAGCAGCAGACCGAGAUGGAUAUCACCAUGCGAAAGAUUCGUCUUCAAUUGGCGCGCUGGUUCUACGAACUGGAAGCAAACGAACGCGUACUGGAAAUUCUGAUGCCCUGGCGAGAGAAAGCACACAAAAACAUUAGUUCGGACGAUGUGGCCAUCUUCUAUCUUCUUGGGCGAACAAGUUUUCGAAUGAACGAGUACUGGAGUGCGCUGUCUUUCUUUCGCCUGUGUGCUAGCUUGGUCCCCACGAAACUCAAAUUUCAACGCCUAGUGGCUCAAACAUUGCUCGCCUUGCAAACGUUGAGGUCUGUGUCAAAUGGCUCGAACGCAUCUGACGGCAACUAA